UAAUAUGGAGUGUUAAAUAUUAUGCGAUGUGCUAUACACACAAUAUAUAGGCUUAUAAGUAAUGAAUACAAUAAUAUUACACGGUGUUAACUAUCAACUGACGACAUUUAUUCUUUUCAGCUGCAGAUAUCUUGUAUCAUGAGGGUAUCGCUUGACACGCAGCCGGCCCUGGGUCGGACAACCGCAUGCGGGCAGAAGCGACCGACGACGACCGAGGAACAAUUACCGUAUCCGGUCUACGCAGUUCGCCGCUCACUCAUGCGGUGCUUCGGACAGUACAAUUUCGCGCUAUCGCGCACCAUGUGCGAAAGCGAGAUACUCAUCAACCUCGUACGAAACUGUCCUAUACUUUAUGAUACGAAGAAUAAAGAUUACAAGGACAAUGCGAAGAAGGCAGAGACUUGGGCGAACAUUGCGAUUAAGUUGCGUUUAGACAAUGGUUCCGUUGCGAAGAGUAAAUGGAGACAUCUACGAGAUAGUUAUGCUAAAUAUUUGCGAACACAAUCAAACACCGCAGGACAAUGUAGUAAAAAAUACAAACAUUGGGCCUGGGCUAGUCAAAUGGAAUUUUUGAAGCCACAUGUGACUACCAGACAGACAGAUUACAUUCACACUGACGAUUAUUCAGACAGCGAUGCAGAAACCAAGAUAAAGUCCGAACCUACGUUGGAAGAAUACGUUCAGUAUUACGAGGAACCAUCUAACGAGAGGCCAUUAGUGUUGUCUUUAAGAAAACGGAAAUCGCAACAAAAUCUGUACUCCAAUAUACCUGACGAAACUUUCGAAUAUUUGCAAACUGGCAAACUGCAGAAAUUCAUGGAUGCGGUAGAUCUACUCUUCUUAAGUCAUGCGCAAACGUUGAAAACUUUUUCCCCGCAAAGACAAGCCACAGUAAAACUUCAAAUCGCACAGAUCAUAAGUAACGCGGAAUUAGAACAAUUGGAAGAACUCAAUCCACUACAGAAAUUCUCAUCACCCUCAUCUCCUUCCUCUUGAAAAUCUUACAAAAUUAUUAGUAUCUCACGCUAAGAUAAACUUACACACAUUCAUUGUCUUUGAUUAAUAUUAUUACAAUGUGAUAAUUUAAGAUGUUACAUUUUUAUAAAAAUGUUAAUAUGCAUAUCAAAACUCUUCGUUUUCUUUAUAAUGCAUAAACAAAUGUAUUUUUAUAUUUAUGAUAGAAUAUAUACUUUGAUAAUAAAAAUCAAAAAAUCAAAUUGUCAUUAACAAACUUCUUACUCUUCGCAACGUCGCUCCCGAGAUUCGAUAUUAUAUAUAAACAUCAGAUUUGUAUAAUAUUCUCUCUAAGAUACAUGUAGCUUUUUUAAUAAUCUUGCUUUGUCGAUUGAAUUCAUUGGCAUUUAGAAAAUUGCAAUAACAUCUAUAAUAACAUAAGCUCGAGAAAGCUUCGCGAGUUAUAAGGUCCCUUGACACUCCGAUAUUGGAUAAUGUUUCAAAAAUUGAAAUACACUUUUACUGCUUUGCCAUUUAUACUUGUAUAUUAUUAAGAUAUAUAUGCAACGAUUGAUAGACACAUUUUUACUUAUGAUAUUAGUACUAUAUUUUCAUACGUAGUACUCUUCAAAAUAAUUGUACAUAUUCUAAUAAAAGUUAAUUAAUCUGUAAAAUGGAACUUAACACACCUGUCUGUAGGCUGUGAAUAUACAAAAAUAUAUCAUAUUGUUAUUACAAUUGCAUAUACAGAGUGUGCUUCUUAUUAUGACCACUUUAAGUAUCUGAUAUCCCUCAUGAAAAUUUGUUAUCAUCAAAAAUAGCAGAAUGAUCACGAUAAGAAAGACAUCCUGUAAGUACGCACUCCUUCCUGUGAUGAAACAAGACACAUCUAUAUUAUGUUAUUACACGAAUAUAUGUGUACAUAAUGUACAAACAAGCAAUACAGAUCAUAUUAAUAAGAAAAUAUUCUGAGAUAUAAUAAUAUCGCCAUUAUAAUAAAACUAAGAUAUGUAAAUUGAUUAUCUAAAAAAUUCAUUGGUAAAACAAAAAGCUUACAAACAUAUAAUCGUUGUUUGAAAUUGCUACAAAAGUGAGGAUCUUGACAGUAUUUUUGUUAUCUACAAAAAUAAUUGAAAUUUCUUUAGUUUUAUGUGUGCUGAGAUUACAAUUUUAUAGAAAAAUGAAAUCAAAAUUAGAUUUGCACAAAUAGUAUAAUUAACUGGAAUAUAAUAAUAUUUUUCUAAGUUACUCUCAUAUUUCCAAUUACAAAAUUAAAAUUACGCAAUAUAUUUAUGUAACGCUCUAUGCAAUUUGAUGUGUCUAUCUUGAAGACAUAGUGUUUUGCGCAUUGGAAGCCCAUUUUACUUCAAAGGAAGAACAAGAAUGCUAAACACCAAUAAAUGUGUGUAUGAGAGAAUGUAUAUGAGAAAAUAUAGUUUGUACAAUCGCAACAUACUUAAAAUGUAUACACAAACUCAUGUAGUAAACCGACCAACUUCUAAUACAUGAGAUAUUAUCACACAAAGAUCAGAUAAAUUUCAUUUGUCGAAAAAUUAAAUGUUUGUACAUAAUACAUCUAUAUUUAUUUUGCCACAAAAAAAUUAAUAUAAAUUUUAAUAACAAAAACCACAAGUUACAGUUAGUUCUACAAUGUUACUGUCAAAUUUUGCGUAGCAUAACAAAAUUAUCACUAAAACAAAAUCAUAAUAUCGAUGCUCAAUUAUUGAAACUAUUAUUACUCAUUUUUAACAAAUCCGUAUUAUUAUUGUUUAACUCAGUAACUUUCUAAUCCUGCCAUAAUAUCAC